AUGUCAUCAAAUCCAUUUUCUAAAAAGAUUCCAUUUUGUCCAGGGAAACCUAAACAACUUUUGAACUAUAUGUGUUUAGAUAAUGAUGCCAAUAAUGGAUUAAUUCUGUUAGAUGAGCAAGCGCUAAGAAUUUUAAAAAGAGUUGAAGAACCUAUUGCCGUUAUAACUGUUGUUGGCUCGUAUCGAAGAGGAAAAUCAUAUUUUGCAAACACUCUUCUCGGACGCCAUGAUGGAUUUAAGCUUGGUUCAUCUGUGGAUGGAUGUACUAAAGGUAUUGAUAUUUGGGAUACUCCAUUCCUUCAUAAAGGCAAACGUGUGGUUGUAAUUGAUUGCGAGGGCAUUAAUGAUCCUAAUCAAGAAUUUCCGUGGGCAAAUAAACUUUUUAUAUUAUGUUUGGCUAUCUCUUCGACCCUUGUAUAUAAUAUUAAUGGAGUUAUUGGAAAAGAUGAUAUUGAAAAGUUGUUCCUAAUGACUAAACUUGUAUCUCUAAUCCAACCUCCAAAUGAAUUCCAAUUUUUACCAAACCUGGUUGUACUCCUUCGAGAUUUCCACCUAGAUAGUCCGCCUGACUUUGUAAAGUAUUUUCUUGACAGAUUAUCAAAUGUUAAUAAUGAUGCCGCGAAAGACAUUAAAAACUUUUUUAGAAAUUUUCAAGUUUAUGCGAUUCCACACCCAGGAGUUCGACAAGAAGCUAUGAGAAAUAUGAGCACAAUUAGAACUGACCAAUUAGAUCCUAUUUUUGUUACAAAGAUUGAAGAAGCUGUAACAAACAUUUUUAAAAAUUUGCCUCCAAAAUAUCUUAAUACUUCAACAAUGACAGGGAUAGCUUUUGCCGAGUUUCUUGAGAAAUGUGUUGCUCAAAUAAAUGACCAAGAAAACACCAUGUUAUCGAUUCCAAGUGCAUAUGAAGCUUCUAUUGAUUUUGCUGCUCAAAAGGCAUAUGAAAUUUGUAUUGAACGUUACAAUGAAAAGAUGAACCAAAUGAAUAUUGAUGAAUCACCGAUUCCUUGGGAUAAGUUUGAAGAAGUUCAUAGUGACGCGUUUGAAUCUGCUCAUAAAGAUUUCAUUAAACAAAUCAUUGGAAGCGCGGAUCAAAUUCAGUCUUUUCAAAAAACAUUUUAUAAUAAGAUUACUUGUUCAAAGGAUAAAUUUUAUAAUAAAAACUCAAUUGCCUUAAGGGAACAUCAUGAAAAAUGGGCUCAUAAACUCUGGAAAGAGAAUGAUAAGUACAGUUUUGAAGAGGCAAUUGAAUUGUUUGAAUCAAUUUAUGCAACUGAAGCCAUUCCAGGGCAGGAAGCUAUACAAGUGUUAAAUGAAUUUAAAGCCAACCAAUACAAAGAUUCCAUUAGGCAUUUGAGAACCUAUAAUGCUUUACGUGAUAAACAUGCAAAUGAAAUGUUAGAACGUCAACAAAUUGAACGGGAACAUACUGAACUUUUACAAGAAGAAACAAAGCUACGAACAGAAAUAAUUAAUAUUAAGGCCGAACAUGAAAAAAUUCAGAAACAACUUGAAGAAAAAAUGGAGACUAUAGAAAAAAGUCUUCUCGAUCAGGGACAGAGGGAACAAGCAUUCGAGAAAUUAAAUAAUGAAUAUAAUCGAUUGCUUGAUAAAGUCAAGGAAGAAAACCAGGUGAAAGUAAAUAUUUUACAAAACCAACUCGAUAAAACUACUCGAAAGAAAACUGAUAUCUUGGGUGUAGUAAAAGAUAUUGGUGUUGCUAUUGCACCUGCUAUUGCAACACUUAUAUUUGGCGCCAUUUUAAAUUAG